AUGGUCAUCGUCAUUAACAUUCCCCUGCCCAAUGGCGCUACUCUCCGGCUCAACAUCCAGGAAUGGAUUGUUCUCCUCAUCUUCAUUCUGAUCUUCCGAGCCUACGGAUGGCCCAUGGUUGUCCGUCGCUGGCCCCUGGCCUUCGCGUGGCCUUGGCGCGAAGACGUUUGGGACUUCUAA